GGGUAUGAGAGCGAGGACGAGGAGUUCGACGCCAUAGUCCGCGGCGAGAGCCCACUCACCACCACCUCCGCCCGUGCGCAGUCGGAUGAUGACCACGAAGACCAAUUCAAUGGCGACACGGAGGGGGAGGAAAGGAGGGAAAAGGAGAGGCAUGGACGACAGCGAGUAGACGCACUGGCUGCAGUGGGCAAUGAGUUCUCAUCGUCGUCAGCAUGGGGUGCAUUCCGGCCCGCGGACACAAGACAUCAUCGUGACGACUGGGGGGAGAAGAAAAAGGGGCACGAUGCGUACGAUGAUGGCAUUGACGGCAGUGGCUACGACAUUCUGGCCGAGGAUGACGCGGCGGUGAACAAAUCCGUCUUUGCAGACGCCGAACUGGACGAUCUCGUGUUGACUUUUUUGGCGCCGCGACAGGCAACAACAAAAGGAACCACCACUACAACGGCGGCUGCUUCUGUUUCCGGAGCGGUCUCUUCUCUGCGCAACGAUGGCGACGAAGAUGCCAUCCAGUUUUACGACCCGCAGCAUAGUCGCGUUGGCGAGGAUAAUGGGCGGAAUAACGGCGACGGCGAUAACAAUGAUAACAGUAAUAAUAACGACGAUUUGGAGGAGGCAGCGGCUAUUGUGAGCGGUAAAACACUGACAGAAGAACAGGAGCGUCGUCUGCAGAAGAAGAUGGCGAAGAAGAAGGCAUUUGAUGAGUCCUACGACAUGGGCGACAGGAGCAACACAUACGCGCACUACCACCAACUUACCCGUGUGGUUGAGGAGAAGAAACAACGACUUGAUGCGGCUCUGCAGGAAAUGGGCGAGGACGUGGCGAAGAAAAUUCAACUCGUCGGGUACUUUAGUGGAUUGUACGUUCGGUUUGUGCUUGAGAACGUUCCAGUGGAGUUUGUGCGGCUCUUCGACCCGACGAUACCGCUGAUCGCCGGCGGCGUCAAUGCAGGGGAGGACCAGUUUCAGAUUGUACACGCAAGGCUGAAGCGUCACCGCUGGUACCCAAAGAUUCUUAAGGCCCAAGACCCGCUGUUGUUAUCCAUGGGAUGGCGCCGCUUUCAGACGCAGCCGAUCUUCGCUACAGAGGACCCGAAUGGUCGCGUGCGGUACUUGAAGUACACACCGCAGCAUAUGCACUGCAUCGCUGCCUUCUAUGCACCGGUGGUACCGACAAACACGGGAUUUAUUGCCAUUCCUGUCAAGGAGCAACGAUCUCCCAAUUUCCGUGUUUCUUGCACAGGAUACACGCUUGGAAACGAUCAUGCUACAAACAUUGUGAAGAAGCUCAAACUGACUGGAACACCGCAUAAAAUAAUGAAAACCACAGUGUUUGUUAGGGGGAUGUUUAACAGCGACAUGGAGGCAACCAAGUUUGUGGGCGCGAAACUGAAGUCGGUCUCUGGCAUUCGUGGCAUCGUGAAGGCGGCUCUCAAGGGCAAGGACGGAUUGAUACGCGCCACCUUCGAGGACAAACUGCUCCCCUCCGACAUUGUCUUCUGUAGAGCAUGGAAAACGGUACAUCCGCCGAAGUAUUGUUCCAUGCAGCGCAACCUUGUGGACGCAAACUGGAUGGGAAUGCGCAAUAUGCGGGAGCUGCGCUGGGAGCACAACGCCCCACUUGUCACAAAAGGUGAUUCGGAGUACAAGGAGAUCAAACGCCGCCAGAGGGACGACGAGGACUAUGCGGCAGCGGAUGCCACUAAGGUGCUUCUCUCCCGCAAUCAAAAACUGCAACUUCCGUUUAAUAUGAAGGAGGAGUUUAUUCCGCUUGAGCGAACCACGGCGCUGCAGCAGCGCCUUGC